AUGUCUGAUGGUGACAAGGCUGUCGGCUUCGAGAACUUGCCGCUACCCGUCUCAUGGCAUCAGAGGGACCUGGUACUCUAUGCCGCGAGCAUAGGCCACAAAGCGGACGAGCUUGACAAGGUUUACGAGUUGGCGAAAGGUUGGCAACCCUUUCCGACGUAUCCGCUCGUUCUGUCCCUCAAGGGAGCGACUUCGAGCAUCAGCAAUUUCGCAAAGAUCAAAGACUUCGGCAAGCCCGUCGACGGUCUGCCCGCGCUGGACCCAAACAAGGUCGUUCACGCCGAGCAAACGAUUGAAGUCCUCAAGGCCAUCCCUCUCGAGGCGACAGGCUGGAAGCUCAACAGGCGGACAGUAGGCUUGCACGAGAAAGGCGGAAAGGGGCUCCUGCUUCAGAACGAGGCGACGCUCGUGGAUGAGUCGGGCCAAGUGUACACUCGGAUGAUCUCGACAAGCUACCAUUUUGGCAAGUUCGAUGCAUUGAAGGGAUAUAGCAAGUCCAUCGUGCCCGAAGGUACGCUCAAACCCGCCGGCAAACCGCCAACGCGCGAUCCCGACUUUGUGCAAUCAGAUCCGACAUCAGCAGAGCAGGCGAUCCUGUACCGUUUGAGCGGCGACUACAAUCCACUCCAUAUUGAUCCACAGAUCGGACAGCGGCUCGGCUUCGGCGGCGUGAUCCUGCACGGCCUGUGCUCGUAUGGCUUUGCGGCUCGCGCGCUGGUCAACCGAGUUGCAAAGGGCGACAGCACUCGCUUCAAGAAGAUGGCUGCUCGGUUUACGUCGCCCGUCAAGCCUGGGGAUACCCUCGAGACGCUCAUCUGGACCGAGAAAGCGCAAGACGGCAGUGGCGAUAUCUCUGUCGGCUUCGUGCAACGCAUCAAAGAGAAUGGCAAGCUGUCAUUGGGAGGCGGUGUCGCUCUAUUCUCAGGCGCAGGCCAGAAACUGUAG